AUGCCUUCUACGACGAACCUUGCUUUCAACCUAAGUUUACCUCUCAACGUCGGGCCUCCGCCCUUCCAAUCGAAGAAUGCAAGGAUCCGCUACAUACUUUGUGUGUCUCUUCUUGUUCGCGACCAAGGAAGACAGUACAUUGUCAGAACUUCUCAAGACGUUAUAGUGCUCUCAGUGUACGAUCCUGAGAAGGCACUUGUGUCGCUUCCCAGCCCCUUGACUGCAUCAGAUGAGUGGAUCAAGCCCCGAGAAAACACUGUCGAGGUCGUUCGGGUCACAGCAGGUCUACAUCGUCAAGUCUGGGUCAGCGGUACUAGCCUUUACGUCGAUGUCCAUAUUGCCAAUAACAGUCGCAAGACAGUAAAGAAGAUCGAGCUUCAAUUGGAAAGGGACAUACUAUGCUACAAACACGCUGCUGCCGCUACGAUGGAGAAGUCUGCUGGUCAGGCUCGCAUUUUUGACAGCAACGAGCGGUCUAUUCUCAGCAAAUCCAUCGUGAGGAAUGGCUGCGCUGGCUGGAGCGGCGUUUCUGCACACCAAACUCACAUCAGAACUUGUGAUCUUGAGGUACCUCGAGGCCAUGGUACGGUGAAGUGUGUAGGCAAAUAUUUCGAAGUCAGGUACUUCCUGAAUGUCAUCAUCGCGAGUGCACAUACAAAGCUCGUUACCGUUCAGUUACCAAUCGUACUCAUCCACAUGAACUCUCUGGACGUAGUCCCCAACUCUGUCGCCCAAGUGGCCAUGGCUAUCGAAGAGAAGCGCACAGCCCGCCACUCACCACCCCGCCUUGGUCGCCGUCCAUCCGAAUCGGUUCAAGGCCGCGCAUUCGCAGCACCGCGCAUGCAAUCUCUGGAACGCAUGCGCGCACGUGAGGAAGCCAUCCAAGAACUCGGUCAAGCCCUCGAGCAGAGUCCUCGCAAAUAUGGUCUCCGCCGCGCAAAUUCCAAUUUUGAUUACCAUACCCCACCUUCCAAUCGCAAAGGCAGAAUCGUAGGCGAUGGCGAAGCAGCAGACCUCCAGGACCGUUUAAGGCGCGUGAGAUCCAACGAGACGAUCGGAUCCAGACCUCCUACCCUCCACAGGGUCAAUUCGACACGGUCGAGACGUGGCGCAGGAUCGGCGUUUGGGUUUCGCGAAGCGGAGGUUCGGGAGGACAUCGAGCUGGGUGGCUUGGGUGCGUCAGGGGAUGGGCUGCUAAACGAGAGACUAGCCAGGAGCAGUGAUCGGCAAUAUCGGUUUAGCAAAAAGAAGAGCGUGGAAAGGUGGAAGGGUGUAGCAAAUGUGGGUGUUGGGUGGUUGAAGGGGAAUGGGGUCAAGGAUGAGAGAGAGCGAGAGGGAUGGAUAUGA